AUGACUGAAUUCUCGAAUCCCAUAAACCUCUACUUUUACCUGCCCUCGGAGCGGUUCAUUCUCGUCGCGGGCGAAUCCUAUCCGGAGACUCUCCAGGACGCAGCCUUCAUCAUCGUUGGCGCAUCCUCUCGCGUCGCUAUUCCCAACAAGCUUCAUGUUCUCAGGAGAGACAAAGCCGACGGCGGGUUCAAACCCUUGCUCGCAGUCUCCGUUACCAAGGAGUCCCAUCGACUCGACAUCUCCACACACGACGAGACAGCCGACGCAGUACCUUUCGAUUCCAUCGAGGCACACGUCGAGGAUCUUGCAAAGAAAGCGAACACGAACGAGACCUCAAAGGAAAUCGCUGUUUUCCACGGUCUUCAAGCGGCUAGUACCAAGGCUGUGAACAAAGUCCCCUUUGCAUGGGAAGAAGAAUACCCAGGUCUAGAUGGGCCGGCGAAGCCCGUGAAGUACAGAGCUAACAUCUUCCGUUUCUCCCGGGGCGGUGCCAUCUACACCCUCGAGCCCCUCAAACCAAAAGCCACAGCUAAAAGCCCCGAGCCCGGGCCGUAUCUUGAUCCCACCAGCGCACCUUCGAUCAUUUGCAAAGCGCUCGUCAUGUACUUGUAUCACAGCGACUGGUUCCCGAGCGCCAAGGGAUGGAAGGAAAAGGCCGUUGACCCGGAGGGAGCUAAGCCGUCGCGCAUGAUCCCGAAAUUGAUCCUGCUCAGCGCGGUAGGAGCUGCUUUCAGUUUUUGA